GUCAAAGCUCCUCUUAUGAAUGGGGAAGGCACUGCGCUUGCGGUUCCCACUGACUCCCCGACACCUAGACUGUGUUCCUGGAGGAAACAAGGUCGGCGUUCACUCCUGCACACAACCACGCACUGGGAAAGCAAUAUGCCGUUUGCCAUCAUCCAACUUGCACUCGCAGCUCUGCUUAUUUAUGGGGUGGUUGCUGCACCAUUCCUGGCUGAUCAAGAAGCCCAUCAUUUCAUCCGAAGCAAAAGGCAGACGGACGCUAUGCAAGGAUACUGGGAUCCAAAUAGUGCAAAUAAUGUGUGGGGCGUCACCCCAGCAGAGCAGGCAAGUGAAUACUGGACAUCGUUGAGAGAUUCAGCACAAUACUACAUAGGUUUGAGUUCGGUUGGUUUUGCAUCAGAUCCUUCCGUUGUUCAGGAGCAUAUCAGGAGCUACAUGGACUAUCUGCGACAGACAAGCGCUUACCUUCAACAUCGCAUGAAUAAAUAAAGAAGCUGAUGGAUCUAAAAAUUCUUGUAAUUAAUCCAGUCAAUUAAUUCAGUAAAAAUGCAUACACCAUGCCAUGACCAAUAUUUCUGCUACAUAACUCUCUUCUUGUAACAAACCCUCACUGAGUUUGCCAAAAGAAGGGUUGAGCUUUAAACAUUGCCUAAAAAAUCUUGAUCAAUAAAAAAUUAUACACAUCUCA